AUGGCCCGGAGCCGUGCGAGCGCGGCCGAGCCUCUCCGGUUGCUGCUCCUCCUCCUCCUCCUGCACUUUGGGGGAGCCUCGGCCCCGCCAUGGCCCCCCACGGAAGGUACUGCGGGCCCCCCCGGAGCCCCCCGUGCAUGCAGCCCCACGGAGUACCGCUGCCCCACGGGGGUCUGCAUCCCCUUAGAGUGGCGGUGUGACGGUGACGCGGACUGCCGCGAUGGCGCCGACGAAGUCCAGUGCUGGAGUCAGCCCUGCAUGCGGGGCGAGCUACGCUGCUACCAGCCCGCCUGCGGGAACGGGAGCACGGAGCCCAGCUGCCUGGCCCCUGUCUGCCUGGCCAAGGAGCGCUUCUGCGACGGGGUCCCCGACUGUCCCGACGGCGCCGAUGAGCACGGGGAGUUGUGCCAGCGGCACCCAACCCGCCCCCCGCCCCGAGAAUGCCUGGAGCGGGACUUCCAGUGUGUCCAGGGGAUGUGCAUCCCAGACGCCUGGAGGUGCGACGGGCACCCAGACUGUGACGACGAGAAGGAUGAGGAGGACUGUGAGGCACUGGAUAUCUCAGCCCCAACAGACGGGAGCCUCGUGACCAUCCCGACAACCCAUCUGGGAGGUGGGAGCCGGAUCCCUCCGGAGAAGCGGGGCCUCUACGGAGUGAUUGCCGCUGCAGCCGUCUUGAGUACCGUCCUGGUUGCCGCUUUCUUCCACGCCUGGUGCAGAAUGAGAACCCCAGAGAACUUCUUCAUCCAGAACCUGCUGAGAGCCAUCAAAGGAUCCUUGACCUGGUCUCAGUGAGAACCUUUGAGCCCGGCUCUCAGAGGGGGCUGAACCAGAAUUCCCGACGAGAGCUUAUCUUCUCCCUCCUGGGGUCUCCCCAGAAGUGGGAGGAAACGUAACUCCAUCUUCAGUGGUAGUGGCCACUCCCGACUCAGGUACCACCUCCUUCCCCCGUUGGAUCGUGAUGAGCUACCUCUCCGGUAUGACAACUGACAGGACCCACCUGAUCUCCUGUGAUCCCCAGCCUCUCUGAGGCCACACUCCAGAGACCCCGGCUGUCAGGGACCCCGUGGGGCCAUUAUUUAUUCCGCUUCGUACAGUCUGAGCCGGAGCUGCGUCCAGAGCGACUCCUCAGGCGUUUUCACCCUUGGACUCCUCCGGUGGCAUCUCAGCUUUAGCGAAGGGCUAGGCCUGCAGACUUGGAGGUGCAGGAGCCCAGCCCCACCCUCGCUGGAGCAGGGAUUGCCCCUCUGCCGUGACCUCAGCCCCCCAUUUGGGGUCACAGGCUCGUUCUUUCAGAAAGAGCCCUCCCCUCGGUUGGCCUUUGCUCAGCGGCCACAGCAGAGAGGGAUGCUGGCUGGAUGGUGGGAGCCGCCGGUGUGGCCCCUUUCGGCCCCGCCUCCUCAUUCCCUUGCCCCCAUGCAGGCCGGGGGCGAUUCUGCUGGUCGUGUCCGCCCUGGUGACCCGGUCAGCAGGCCAGCCCUGGAUUCAAGCACCCCUGGGGGGUGAGUCUGGGCACCCCCUGAGGACUAGGACUGGGCGAGGCACAGUAGAGGAAAAUGUUGCUCACUAGCACCCGACCGACCAUCAGGGUGAGGGGGAAGAGUUGUAGCUGGACUCCUGGGGCCAGGCAGUGGGCUGUUCCAGGGCCUUUCCACCCCAGGCUGGAGAGGUAGAGGGAAUGGGGAAAUAAAAAAAAACAAACUUUUCUCAGAUUUGA